AUGGACGUCCAAGAUGGCCCAAGUCGCUCCAAGGGUGCAUCGGCUUUGCCUGACCUGUAUCUGAUUUCAACCGACGAUACGGUCUAUGAACAGGAUAUUCUCCGCGCUCCGGGGACAAUUAAACCCUGGCUUUCCUAUGUCGAGCACAAGUUACAGCACGGUAGCCUUCUCGAGCAGGCCUUCGUUUUGGAGCGCGCAUGCUCUGAGCUCCCUCGGUCAUACAAAUUAUGGAAGCUGUACCUCGAGCUGCGAGUGAAACAUCUUGCAAGGAAGAAUCCUGCCAGGCAUGCGUCUGAGUUCCUCAAGGUCAACUCUUUAUUCGAGCGAGCUCUUAUCUUGCUCAAUAAAAUGCCUAAAAUCUGGGAGAUGUAUCUGUCCUUUUUGACGAAGCAACCACUUGUCACGACAACCCGACGAACGUUUGAUCGAGCCCUUCGCGCACUUCCGAUAACCCAGCAUAAUAGAAUUUGGCUUCUAUAUAGACCAUUCGCCAACGCUGCUUCAGGAUUGACCGCGAUCAAAGUAUGGAGGAGAUAUAUGCAGAUACACCCGGAAGAUGCCGAGGAUUAUAUUGAAUUGCUCAUUGAAAUGAGACAAUAUACGGAAGCUGUCCAGAAGUAUAUCGAGAUUCUGAACAAUCUUCGCUUUAAGAGCAAGCUCGGGAAAAGCCAUUUUCAACUGUGGAGCGAGAUGGUUGAUCUUCUGGUAUCAAAGGCGAAGGAAGUUAAAACUGGAGAUGAUUUUGGUAUUGAUGUCGAGAAAAUUAUCCGGAGUGGCAUCGAGCGAUUUGCGGAUCAACGCGGAAAGCUCUGGGUUGGCCUUGCUACCUAUUAUAUCACAAAGGGACAUUUUGAACGAGCUCGUGAUAUAUUCGAAGAAGGCAUUACUACUGUCAUGACGGUCCGCGACUUUACCAUGGUCUUUGAUUCCUAUGCAGAAUUUGAGGAAUCAAUUAUUGGUUCCUUGAUGGAGACUGCAGCGCUGCGUUCAGAGAAGGGCAAGGUUGACGAAGAUGCCGACUUCGACCUCGACAUUCGAAUGAUGCGUUUCGAACAACUCAUGGAUCGACGACCUUUCCUAGUAAAUGAUGUGCUUCUGCGCCAGAACCCUAACAACAUUGUUGAGUGGGAGAAGCGCGUUGGUCUUUGGGGUGAUAAUAAGGAGGAAGUGGUCAGGACUUAUACGAACGCCAUUGCUGCGGUGCAGCCGAAGAAAGCUGUUGGAAAGUUCCACGAUCUUUGGACCAAAUAUGCCAAGUUUUAUGAGCAAGGCGGGGAUUUGCUCAAUGCUAGGGUUAUCAUGGAGAAGGCGGUCAAGGUGCCUUUCAAAUCGGUUGCCGAACUCGCAGAAAUGUGGUGCGAAUGGGCGGAGAUGGAACUUCGAAACGAAAACUUUGACAAGUCGGUCGAAAUCAUGGCCAAGGCUACCCAGGCGCCGAAGCGCUCGACUGUGGAUUACUUCGACGAGACACUGUCUCCGCAGCAACGAGUGCACAAGAGCUGGAAAUUAUGGAGUUUCUACGUCGAUUUAGUCGAAAGCGUCGGUACGUUAGAUGAGACAAGAAAGGUCUACGAGCGCAUCUUCGAACUGCGAAUCGCUACGCCACAGACUGUGGUCAACUAUGCCAACCUUCUCGAGGAAAACAAGUACUUUGAAGAGUCAUUCAAGAUCUACGAACGUGGUCUUGACCUUUUCAGCUACCCAGUAGCUUUCGAAUUAUGGAACUUGUACCUCACAAAAGCCAUGGAUCGCAAGAUUGGCAUUGAGCGACUCCGUGACUUAUUCGAGCAAGCAGUCGAAGGAUGCCCGCCCAAAUUCGCCAAGGUCCUCUACCUUAUGUAUGGUAGCCUUGAGGAAGAGCGCGGUCUCGCUCGCCACGCCAUGCGCAUCUACGAGCGUGCUACCCGUGCCGUUUCAGACGAAGAUCGUUUCGAGAUGUUCAACUUCUACAUUACCAAAUCCGCUUCAAACUUUGGCCUUACGUCUACCCGACCCAUUUACGAACGUGCCAUUGCUGCGCUCCCCGACAAAGAGGCAAGAGACAUGUGUCUCAAGUUUGCUGACAUGGAACGUCGUCUCGGCGAGAUUGACCGUGCCAGAGCCAUCUACGGACAUGCUUCGCAAUUCUGCGACCCGCGUGUCUCACCAGGAUUCUGGUCCAAAUGGGAGGCAUUCGAAGUACAGCACGGCAACGAAGAUACUUUCAAAGAAAUGCUCCGAAUCAAGAGAAGUGUCCAAGCUCAAUACAAUACCGAUGUCAACUUUAUCGCCUCUCAGGCUCUUGCCCGCAGCCAACAGCGCGCAGAAGGCGUCACUACCGCGGCAGGUACAGAUGAAAUUGACGCCACCACCGAAGACACCGAGCGUGCUGAUGCCAUGGCUGCUCUCGAACGCGUGGCUCGUGCGCCUUCCGGUUUCGUCCCCGCCAGCACGGGCCCAGAAGGCGGCAAUAGAGCUGCACCCCCUGCCCCUCCUGCCGCUGCUGUCAAUCCUGAUGCCAUUGACAUUGGGUUAGACGAUGAAGAGGAGUAA